UGGCUCAAGAUUAUCUUUUAUUUCGUUAAUUUCUUCUGGUAAUUGAGUGGUGCGUGGUGAACCAAAUAGACCAGAACCCAAGAUGAGCAGCAGCUCUUCCAUGGCUUCCCUUCUCACCCCAACCCCAACCCCAACCCCAACCAUUACACUCCAACACAAGAAAGAUCAUUUCAGGCUCAACAUAAACCCACCAUCCAGAAUUUCCAAGAGAAAUUUUGGGCGCCAUGGGCUUUGUUUUGUGACAAGAGCUAAGGUUGGAGGAGAUGUACUUGAGAAACAAUCAGUUAGUGCUGAAGACAAGAAGGAUUAUGGCCUGGUUAGUCUCCACCAUGUUGGAAUCUUGUGUGAAAACUUGGAGAGGUCGCUCGACUUUUAUCAGAACAUCCUUGGUCUUGAAAUUAAUGAGGCUAGGCCAGAUGACAAACUCCCCUAUAGGGGGGCUUGGUUAUGGGUGGGUUCUGAGAUGAUUCACCUUAUGGAGCUUCCAAACCCCGACCCUCUAACCGGAAGACCGGAGCAUGGAGGCCGUGAUAGGCACACUUGUGUUGAGAUUCGGGAUGUGUCUAAGCUGAAAGCAAUCCUUGAUGAAGCUGGUAUUCCAUACACGCUUAGUAAGUCUGGGAGGCCAGCAAUCUUUUUUCGAGAUCCAGAUGAAAAUGCUCUGGAAUUUGCACAGUUCUGAUGGUUGACAUGUUGCAGCACCCGUAGUGUUACAUUGUGAUAUUGAUAAUGCCUUCAGGGGUUCCAUUAUGUUCAGGCAAUGAUAGAGAUUAUAGAAUUUGUACAGAUAAUUAAGCAUUUGAAUGACGACUAUAAUAUAGGCUAAUGAUGUACUCAGCUAUACUAAGCGAGUAAAUAAUGUGCACCAAUGGGGGCUCAUAGACUUCCCAGACGGUCGGUUGAGAAUGACGAUCGGAAUAUAGUGCAUACAUGGUAAAGUCACAAUUCUUGAAUAGGCAUUAUACAUUGCUGCAUUAUGUGGAAACAUUGUUCUAUGGAGCAGUUCCUUCCUCUCUGUGUUUACAAUAA